AUGGCGACCGGCCUGGAUGAGCUUUUGGAAUUUUUACUAUCAGAAAUUGCUCUCCUCGGCGUUCAAGGUGCAAGCAGUGCAGACUUCCGUCGUUUCAUUCAAAACUUCUACAGCCAAAGUCAGGAUGAUGCGCCGUCCAGGCUCGAUGACCAGACUGAGGCAUCUCUGUCAGCAAACAGUCUUGGCCGCAACUUCUAUGAACGCACAUGGCAAUGGCUCACUAAUCAUCCAGACAUUCGCAUUGUCUACAAGGCAGAGGUUCAGAACUACACCCUCUCUGAGUUCGAAGCGGCUGAACUACAUGAGACUGGUACUAUUGGCGACACACAUGCCGCAGAGCCCGACCAGGGCUUGAACACCUCUGCGACUAAGAGAGUGCAUCCCUCAAAUACAUUGAGUGGGCUGGGAGAAGCCCUGCGGCAGAGAAUUCAUGGCGAGGAAGGCGGGCCUAGAAUACCUUCUAGUCUACCGAAUCAAGCUAUAGCUUCAUUGUCUGCUGGCCGACCAUCUCGCGGUGUGGUAGAAGCUCCACAAACCACAACAGCAAUCUUUGAUGAGCCCAACUCAAGCAUGACUGCGCCCCGUCUGUACACAAGUCAGAAUAGAGUUUGGCAGGCAUUGACCGGCCAUGGAAUUGAUCUGAAGAAGGUCCCAAGCAUGGAGUUUGUACUACUUUCACUUAUCGCUGCUCGCGGUGCUGCUGGCAUUACCCAACCGGAGCUCAUUGCUAUCAGCGGCCAGGACAAGAGAUCUGUACCGCACAGAACAGAUGAGCUGGCCCGUAAAAAUUACAUAUCAAAGUAUCCUGUUCAGUCCAACAAGAUGCGGACCAGUCUUUGCAUUCAUACAAAGUUCGUAUCUCAGAACGCUUUCAUCGAGUCUAGUGCUGUGGAGGAUGUAUACCAAGAUGAUGGAACAUUCGUGGUUAGAAGCUUUGCCCAGUUGCUGUACAAUAAAGUGGGUGAAGGGGGUAUUGUUCCCACGCGAACUAUUAGGCAGAAGCUGGGUGUACCAAUGUCGGCAUGGAACAAGCGAGCUACACAAGGCGCCCUGAUUCGAUUAGAUCAGAGCGGAAUGAUCAAGCGACGUAGGAUCCGUAAACAAAAGUCUGAGGAUGCUUGGAUCACCUGCAUCCAGGUGCUACGUGCGCCAAAAGAAGAAGAUCUCAAGAAUCUUGGUUUUCGACGCACGAUUGAUCCCGCUGAUGGAUCGGGUGCAGAGCCGCUCGACGAAAGCGCUGAUGGUGAUGACAUAAUGAAAGAUCUUGAAGACGAUAUGUUGGACGAUUGUGAACCCAGUACCAAUCCUCAAGACAACACGUCUGCUACUGACAAACCUGAAACCAUACCUCCGCAGUGGACACCGGAUCACUUUCUCCCCAACACAGUCUUCAAUGCCGUCGCAUUAGGUGGUCCACGUGGAUGGGAUGCCGAGACUUUGCGCGACCGAAUCGUCGGACCAUUCUGGAGGCGUCCAAUGGAAUCAUAUUUCUCCCGCAUAACAAAUGACUGGGAGAAAACGCAGCCGCUCCAUCUUCGUCAUCUGGCCGUCAUUCGAGAUCAGGGCGUGACUGAUGAGAAGAAAUUCCUCCAUUACGUCUAUCGGACAUAUGCCAAUUUCGAAAAGGCCGUAGAGCUACAAUAUGCUCAUUGGGAAGGUGUAGCCAGUUUCGGGCCCGACGAGGUGUUUGAUCCUACCAGUAACGGCGCAGUCCUGGAUGCUUGGGGUUUUCCUGCUAUCAAGCCAAGUAACUUGGUACGAGGAUCUGGUGCAGCAACACUGUCUGAGGCUGGCGCAGUCAUCGUAAAGCAGCGCAAAUAUGGCUCCAGAUGGGACAAUGCGUUGGGACAAGAGAUUAGCUAUCAAAAGCCUUCGAAAACUGUGCCGAAAGAGAAAACGCCGCGCAAACUAGGUCGACCUAAAAAGGUUGCAAAAGCUAUCAAAGAAAAGCCUGUCAAAGUAGCUAAAGACCCGAAACCGCUCAAGAAAACCUCGGGUCUCUCACUCACACCUGAAGAAAUGAGGUCGCUAGGCCUAGAUCCUAAUGUUCGUUUGAGCAAAAAUAUACAGAGGCAGAUCCUUGCACACCGCCAGAUGACAGGAAAUCCGACGUCGCUACCAGAUGCGGUUGUGCAAGACCACGCUAAGCGCCAACUCAGUGUACCUCUCAUGACAAAGGAGGAGCGCGUAGCGGCGGGUUUGUCUGCAAGAGGGCGUUUGGGUAUAGAACAAGAGAACAAAAUCCGAGAGGAGCGCGGGCUACCCAAGUUAGUCAAGAAGGAGAAGAAGCGAGUAACGAAAACGAACAAGGAGCCCACACUGCUCAGCAAGCAGCAAAGAAUAGCACUAGGCUGGAAGGACCAUGGUCGUUUACCACAAGAUCUUAUCGAAGGUCUUCGUCGGGAGCGAGAGGAAGGCAUUGCUCUUGAAGAUUCGAAGGUCAUUGCCAAGUAUAUGGAUGAGAUGAGGGCAAAAGCGUCGUCGUCAAAUACACCCAAAAAGGCCAACGGACCCACUCGAAAACCCAUUGAAACAACAGAAGAGCUUGACGAAUGCCAGGGGGAUCAACCCACGGACGAUGUAUCAAGGCCCGGGAAGCGGAAGGCUAAGAACCUAGUAACCACUCCGGUGUCAUCGAAAAAGCGGCGCAAGGAAACAACUACCCCUCAAGAAUCGACCUCGGUUCCUGUCCCAUCAUUUACGACAUCUCCGGAAACCAUCAUCGACCGAUUUGAGAGCUGUGCUCCAUCAGCAAUCCCUGACGAGCAAAGCGUAGACAACACAAACUCGUUGAUCGUGAAAGAUGCCGGUCGACCAGUUGAGCCAAUGACACUGUCAAUGGAUGAGCCCAUUCUACCAAGUGUGGAAUCUGAGCCUUGUUUGCGACCUCCGACGAAGGUCUACAUGACUCCUGACACCACCAAACUCGACGAUGAAGCUCUAGCAGCCAUUGACCAGUACGAGAGACGAUGUUCACCGGGGCUCUAUCUCAAUCCCUAUGUGAAGCAAAAGGUUGCACGAGGUCGGCCACGGAAGGCACUCAUGGCGACAUUCAAGUUACCACGCCUAGUGGAGAUGGACUGGUACACGGCAGAAGACGCUCAAAGAAAAUUAAUAAACCAUGACCGUGUCACGCAUACUCCUGACACCACACAAAAGCCCGCAUCUCACGGCGGGGAAAGCAUGGAUGUUUCAAGACAUACCUCAUAUGCUGCGCAAUCGGAGCAGUCACAAGCCGAAAUGCAAUUGCGAAGCGACAUGGAGACGCGGCACGAUAUUCAAAAUCAUACCCCGCCACCUUCCACACCUGGCAAGGCCACUUCAGUGGAACCUGAGAGAAUACCAAUGAGUCGCGAAAACAGCGCUGAUAAAAAGGCCGAGAUCGAUAUGCCUGAGGUCUCAGACCCAGACAAAGGUGAAAUCCAACCACCUGCUGUCUUUGAUGUAUCAAGAACACAAUCACCGCGACCGAUUCCAUCAUUGAUACGCAAGGUAGGCGGCUGGGCACCCAUCAACGCGCCUGGCCUCGAUCGUACUUCCCCGUAUCAAAGCCCUUAUGCCAACAGUCCAACAUUGGAACCCCAACCACCGUCACAGACUCCAGACGUUGUUCGUGGUAGUGACCAAGUCACAAUAGCUGAUGGCUCACAUCUUGUCACUUCUGAGACGAGUGAUGGCCAAAAGCCUCCCGAUGGUAUGUACACAACUAUUGUGGAAGCUCCUGUGCCCCCCGUAUCAGGCACCAAGCCAAGGGUUAAAGAGCACGGAAAAGGUGGCAGUCAGCGCCGUUUCAGAGAAAAGGUCAUCCUGGACAUCAUUAAACGCUGCAACGGCGUGUUUCCCGGAGGAGGUGAGAUCCUGCGGCCAUUUCUCACCCUUUGGCGCGAGCGACACUCCAACAUCAAAGAGCCCUCCCUUAGUACUAUCAGCGAAACCCUCAGGAGUAUGGCUGCCCGUCCAGAAUUUGGAUUGAAGCACUGGAACUUUGCCUCACAGAACAAGAAUACCCCCGGCACAACCACCCGAAGGAUGUUUACAUGGGCACACCUGAACGAAAGGAGCCCAGAAGUCUUGAAGCUGGCGCACAAUAUGGCACAGUACUCCCACCAAAAGGAGUACACCACUCGUGUGUCGGAGAAGUCUCUCUUGUACUACCCUGAAGAAAUACGUGACCUGAUUGGCGACGUUGUCUCAUAUCAGCCCGUUCAGGCCGCCCCCAAAGACGAGAGCAUCGUCCUCAACCCAUCGAAUCCUGACAUUGAGAAACAAAUCAAGGACGCCAAACAGCGCCGGCAGUUCGAAUUGAAGAAGCAGAGGAUGCUAGAAAUCAAGGCUCGCAAGGUUCAAGAUGCUAGGGUCGAACAGGCGCUUUCAAAGCUGCCUCAUGAUUCUGAUGGUGUGCCGCGCGCGAAACGAGCAAGACUGGCAAGUCUGAACGACAGAAGCAAGCGCAUUCGGCGGGCUCCAUUGUACCCUGUAGAUAUGCAGAUGCUCGGCGAGGAGUCUGAUGAUGCAGAGACUGUUGGACCUGACGUCGGCACGGCGGAUAAGCCUGAACAAGUUUCCCUAGUUUGGAUGCGUCCUAUCAUCGCGCCUGUACCAGAACGUGAGGCAAUACCAACUGAGGAGCAGUCUGAGGAUGAAGAAAGUGAAGAUGAAAUAGCUGAUUGGAAAGGACGAGCAGCGCAUGAGGAUGAUGAUGUUAAGGCUCAAGAUCCGUCGCCAGUUGUGGAGUCCGUCGAGGACCAUCUCCAGAAAGACAUUGCGACGACCCAGCCUCAUCAAACGGAGCAGAAGGAAGACUCACAUGAAUCGCUGGAUGUUGAGACCGCUAACCCGACUGCCGUUGUCAAGAAUAGCAAGAAGCGUGUAAGGAUUGUUGCCCCUCAGGACCAAUCUCCCAAGAAGAGGGCCCGCUUAACACCUGUGGCCGCUAUUGAGCCACAGGAUAGGGUACACACACCACAAUCCAACUCUGACGAUGACCGUGAAGGAAGUCGUGGUAUGGCGCGGUUUGGGUCGGAGCAGAGUGGCGGCACAGGUCACGGUCGCCAGCGAAGCAAGCGAGGCCCUCCUCCCACAUUGCUUGAACGUCUUACCGGCCUUACAGGUGACCAAAACGAUCCAAUAUACCAGCAGCCGCAGAGUGGUCCAAGGUCCAAUCUGGUAUCACGUCCAUGGAGUGAAAGGAAGAAGAUACAGAUCGAAAAACACGGGAAAGAACGACAGUACAGCAAGGCUGUUGAUCAAGUGGAUGAGUUUAACAGGCUCUUCUGCACAUUCGUGGUGGUCUCUUCUUUGUCUGGAGAAGAUGGAUCAAUGGACUGGGGCCUCUUCAAGCGCGUGUAUGCGAAUGACAAACGUUUCAAUCUAAACACGGCUCGAAAGCUGUGGUCCUGGAUGCAGAAUCGCAUGGCUAAACAGGUGAAUGAUUUGACAGCAUCAUUUCAAUCGCUGUACCUGGAAGCUUAUGAGUCUGGCCAAAUUGCUGCCAUCGAGGAUCCUGAGACACAUGACUGGGCAGGCCUCGUACGAUGGGCGUCAUACAAAUGUGCUUUUCCCGAAAUUCCUCUCCCAGUUCUUAGGGAAGCACUACAACAUUUUGCCAUUGAGGAAUCGAGUUUUGAAAAUUUAGAUCGUGUUAGUUGGUUCAAGGCCACAACAGCGGAUCGAACAAGGACUAUGCUCCAACUUCAGUAUUCCUUUACCGCUCCCCUUCAUCGAUCGCGGAAGUCGGCUUGGUCACCUGAAGAUAAGCUUCUCAAAGCGCGGUCAUGGGUUCGUGCAAAUACAGCGACACCGCAAGCUCACUAUGACGCAAACCUGGCACACGAGAAGCUCAAAGACUUGGGCGAAUCAACUUUGGUCAAGAUUGUUGGGAACUUUGUGGAGAAGCAGCACCUCAGGAUGCGAAAACUCAAGCGCCUUCUACCAGGGCGUAACUACAACUUCACUCAGACACUGGCAAAGAAGUAUGCGCGAUUGUUUCAGCUCGAUGAUUUCAUGAACGCAGUCCAAGUCAAGAAGAAGAUGGAUGCUGCUUUCAUAAGCGAAGAUUCAGACAUGUGUUCGUACAACAUUUCACGGUGUGAAGAGGACAGUGCGUUUGCAGCCAUCAUGACAAUGGUCAACGAGGGAACAGUCAGGCUUGUUCCUCAGCUACCUCCCAUCAACAACGAGCUCAACAGUCCGCUCCCCAAGCUAUCGGUGUGGGGAUUCUGUGAGGGUGGCUACAAUCAUCGAGCAAUUGAUCGGAGUCGCUUCUUCUGGGAUAUCCAUGUUGUUCCUACGGAAAAGUACAAGUUUGGUAACCCAUUGCAAACACUGUCUUCUCCAACAUCGCGAAAGGACGACCGAUCGGCUACAUUAUGGCAUCCUCUGCCUGAGCCGCCUCUUCCUGGCAAGUACGAUUCCCACGCCUUGCUUCCCAUCUGGAGCAGUAUUGAUGGUCAGCAUGUUACGUGGGCCUGGUGGUACCGCGUCCUGAAUCUUGUAUUGCAACCGCUGGUUUUCAUGGCUGGUGCCACUGCAAUGGAUAUUCAGGCUCACUGCCCUGAAAAUACCACUGAGCUCUUCGAAAUCCAGCUUGUUUUGGACUGGCUCGAGUCGGUCUGCGCAGUUAAGAAAACUGUCGGCGAUGGUUACACCACCCCUCCAGGCUUCUGGGGUGCUUUCGGCGACCAGUUGCACGAUACGGAAAAUGACUGGUUCGGCCAGCAUGUCAAGCGGAAGCCUAAGAACCAUGAGAAGCAGCGUUGGCGCAUGGAUUACAAUAUGAGACACUAUGCAUUGCAAGCCCGUGAUGCACAACAUGCUGAUACGGCCCCUGCUACAGACGCGGAAGGCGAUACAAGUACAACAGAUGCCGACGCAUUGGGGACGGCCAUCAGUCGUCAGAUUUUGAACAAUCCGAAGCAACAGUAUCGUAUCACGCAGAAAGCUCUUGAUGCUCAGCCAUCUCAGGAAGGCCAAGACAAGGCCGGCUCUGUAACAGCUGGCAGUCCCGCAGCCGCUGGAGAACAUACUAGACAGAGCUCUGCUACAGAGCACAGAUCAAGUACUAUACAAACGCCAGAGACAUCAAACAACUCGGAUGAUGAUAUCAAGAUGGCAGAUGCAAACGGAGAUGCAGGAGGUGAGGAGGAUGUCGAUGCCGAAGGCGAACUUGACGAAGUCACAUGUUGA